AGCACUUAAGGCAGCAUUUGAAAAACCAUGAGACUUUAACUUGCAUUUUUCAAAGUUGCUCGUACAAAACCAAUGUCUAUGGUUCAUUCAAGACUCAUCGGUACAGAAAGCACAGGUUGGCCUCUGUAAGUGAUUUAAAAGCUGAACUUACUCUGCGAGCACAACAAACCCACCAUUCCUCUGACGACAUUAAUGCUGAUAAUUUACACGAGGAUUUUUCAGAGAAUGAAGAAGCUAGUUCAGCCUUUGACACUGAAGACUUGUCCAGUAUAGAACACAAAAUUGCUUCAGUGCUAUUGAAACUAGAGCAUGUUUUCCUGGUCCCUAGUGUGGCCAUUGAUUAUCUUUUGCAGGAGCUGCACUAUUUGAUCAGAGUAGUUUCAGUCCCUGUAACCUAUGACACAAUAACCCAGCUACUGCAGAAAUAUAACUGCCAAGUUGACAUUACAGUGGUACAGGAGUUAGCCUCUGUCCUGUGUGAAUCAAGUCCCAUUCAAAGCGCAGUUGGAGAUACAGGUCCUCUCUCUACAUCUUGGAAAAGAAAGGUAUACUACAAAAAUAAUUUCAGUGUUGUAGAACCGGUGGAGUAUGUGCUAGACCAAAAGAGUAAAAGGUCAUUCCAGUAUGUCCCAAUACUCAAGGCAUUGCAGCAGAUUCUUAGUUGCCAGCCAAUACUGGAUAAAGCUAUUAAUUUAAAGUUUCGUCAUGUGGGAGGUCAUGGACCGAAAUAUACAUGUUUUUUUGAUUCACUCAACUUUCAGCAGAAUGAAUUGCUCUCUAGUGAAACUGCAAUUUCAUUAAUAUUGUAUGCUGAUGAAUUUGAAAUUUGUAACCCCCUUGGCACAUCCAAGAAAAUACACAAGAUCUUGGGUGUCUAUUGGAUUUUAGGUAAUUUACCUCCAGGGUAUCACUCAUCCCUGUCGUCCAUUAAUUUAGCUGCUUUGAUAAAUAGUAAUGAUGUUAAGCAGUAUGGGUAUGAAAAGGUGCUUGAGCCUCUGUUAGAUGAUCUUGUCACAUUGGAGCAACAUGGAGUUUAUGUCUCUAAGCUGGGAAAGACUUUAAAGGGCACUGUUCAGUGCAUUGUUGCUGACAACCUCGGUGCACAUAGCAUCGCAGGAUUCGUGGAGAAUUUCUCAGGGACAUAUGUGUGUAGAUUUUGCACAGCAAAGAGUGAAGAAUUUCAGACCAUAGAAGUUAAUUCAGGAGCAUUUUGUCUGAGAACCAAGGGGGUUCACGCUGCUCAUCUUGAGGCUGUGAGAGAAGGGGAAGUACCUCAUUUUGGUGUGAAAGGGGUUUGUGUGUUAUCAGAGAGACUGUCAUACUUUAAUGUGACUACAGGUUUUCCCCCUGACAUAGCACAUGACCUCUUUGAGGGUAUUAUCCCUGUUGAAGUAGCAUUGUGUUUGGCUGUCUUUGUAGGUAAAAAAUAUUUUACAUUGCACAACCUGAAUGAAGCAAUCCGAACAUUUCCCUUCAAGUGGAGUGAUAAAAAUAAUCGUCCCCAUCCUGUGCCUCUUGCAUUUUCAACAAAGAAAAGGAUUGGAGGGAAUGCACACGAGAAUUGGAGUUUAGUGAGAUUCCUACCCCUGUUGAUUGGAGACAAGGUCCCUGCUGAUGAACCUGCCUGGCAGGUCCUUACUGAUUUGAAGGAUAUUGUGGACCUUGUAGUUGCACCUUUUCACACCAAAGAAUCUGUAGCUUAUUUGGAUAGUAAAAUAUCUGAACACAGACUGAGAUUUCAAGAAGUUUUCCCUGAUCAAAAAAUUCUGCCCAAGCACCACUAUCUGGAGCACUACUCUCAGCUUAUUGAGCAGUUUGGUCCCCUGGUUGAGCUAUGGACGAUGCGCUUCGAAUCUAAACACAGCUUCUUUAAAAGGGUUGUGCGUCACACGAACUGCUUCAAAAAUGUUCUCCUAUCAUUGUCACAGCGGCAUCAGUUUCAUAUAGCCCAUCAUCUGCACCUGAGCAGCUUACCGACAUCAACUCUCAAAGUUGGAAAUGUUUCUUCCAUUCCCAUUGAUGUUCUGUGUGAGGAAAUAUCAUGUGCUGUGAAGGAGAAGCACCCAAACCUGGAUGUUCUGUGCAUGGCGGAAAAUGUGACUUAUGAAGCCUAUAAUUACAGGAAGGGCAUGAUCAUUUCACAUGGGGAGCUUGCAGGCUUGCCAGAGUUUUGUGAGAUCAUUCAGAUGAUCAUUCUCCAGGAAAAGCCACUUUUUGUUGUCAGACAGCUUGAUGCCUGGUACACAGAACAUUACAGAGCUUUUAUACUGACAACGUCGGCUAGACAAAUUCUUCUUCUGGAACACCACAGUCUUAAUGACCCAUACCCACUGGCUGACUACACGAUUCAGGGGAGGCGUCUGGUGGUUCCAAAAAGAUAUAUCCACGUUUAAGGCUCUUAAGCAUGGCUGUGAAGAGGGCUGCAAAGCUGCUGGUUUUUCUUAGUGAAGAUGACAAAAGGAAAAUGUUACUGCCAAAUGGGAUUCCAGAGUCCGUGGACCAGCUUGUUGAUGAUGUGAGAGAAGCUUGUGGAUUAAGGGGAAACUUUAGGAUCCAGUACCAGGACAAAGACUUUGGUGACAUAUUUGUUAAUUUAACAUCUACUACCGAACUUGAGGAUCUGUGUACAAUCAAAGUGAUCCCUUUGCCUGAUGAUACACCUCCUGAACAGACAGCCGUCAAUGUUAGCUGCUGUAGUGAUGAUGCCGUUUCCGGUUCCAUUUCCGGCGAUACUGAUGACACAUUAAUUCUCUCGUCACCCACCUCUGGUCAUUCUUCAAGGGCAGGGCAAUGGCCAAAGGAGUUCCCCGUUCCAAGCUUCUCCUAUGACACUGAAGUCCAAUUAGAGAGAGGAAAUGCUGCCUUUAAGGCAAAGGGAACAAGAUUGACUGUCGGUCCGAGGAUGAAGUCAGACAUUUUGGAAAAGUUGUCUGAUCAAAUCUAUAUGUAUAAAGCUUACCCAAACAAUGCAGACGUUUGUGAGGUUUCAGAGGCACUGAUCAAGAAGCAUCCCUGUUUGGCAGAGCCAGGAUCCUGGAAUGGCUGCUAUGGGUGGACACAGAGACUUAAAACCAAGAUGGGAAACCUUCGUACCCACCUGAAGGGACUUGGAUGUCCUGAGCUAGCAGUCAAUUCCCUAAAGACCAAAGCUACAGCUGAUGCCUAUCCAGCAAAAAAUGUGAAGCGACCUAAACGUGGUGAGGCCAACCAUGUGCCGUCCUACCCAGUUGGCGAGACUGCAGAUAAUCUUGAAAUGGAGCGACAGGUACUUCUGAAGGAGGUGAAGAAACGGAACAAUGGGAAGAUCGUACGUGAGAAAAUGGCCAAGACAUUUGCUCUCCGUCGCCAAGAAAUCGUGGAAAAACAGCCCAGGGUGGAAGAACUCCAGGAGCGGUGGCCAGCGAUGUUUCAAGAAGAUGAGAUCAAUGCGGAAUUUCUAAGGAUCACAACAGUACCACUACAAGCACGGUUCUUUGCUGGUUUGGAUAAGAAGAGCAGUCAGCUUCUUCAGGUCCUGAGGAAAAAAGGUGGUGCCAUCGGGGAGAAAAUCAGAGACGUCCUUAAGCCUUUGGAUCAGGGUGUCGACUUGAACAGAAGAAGAGAGUGCAUCCUGAAGUCACUUGUGAUCUACCUGGGUGAAGAAGUUGGGCAUCUGAUCAAAGAGUACCUGGUUGUCCAAAAGGAAGAAGCGGAGGCAGAACUUCAAAAUGCCGCCAUGGCUAUCUUUGUUCUCCGUGAUGACGAUCUUUCCCCUCCACAGGACAUCACCCUUGUUAUUGAUGGUGUUGAAGUACUCAACAACUUGGUCUCCAUUGCAUCGGCUUGUGCCAUGCUUUUUGGCCUGACUUACGCAGUCAACCUGAGUUACCCAUUGGAACUCAAAUAUACAUUUGAAACAUUUCAAAAAAUCAUCAUGGAUAUUGAAAGUAGGCAAAUGUCAAAAAGAGUUCAGAAUCUCUCUGCUAAGCUGCAGGACUGAACUUGUAACCAGUCUGAGAUAACAGGGCCACUGUUCUUUGACAGUCAUUCAGUGAUUGUCAUCAUUUGUUCGUGUGUUUUAAAAUAGAACAUAGGACUGAAAACCUGUGGAGAGAAACAUGUCGUUUCAGUUCAAAUGGCACUUGUUUUAUUGAGGCUGCUGCUGUCACAGUCCAUUACUGGAGGGCAGUGAUUUGUUUAUUAGUGGAGGGCUGUGUGUGCGCGUGCUCUUUUGUCAAAAGUUGUUGAGUACCUCCAUCGAUAACAAAGCCAUGAAAACGUUCAUUGACAGUCAUUCACAGUGAUUUGGUUCGUUUCAUUGUUUUAAAAUGACAUAUAGGACUGAAUCUGUGGAGAGAAGCACACUGUCUCAUGGUUACGCCAAAUGACAUUGGCCUUGUUAUUGAUUAAGUACUCAACAACUUGGUCUCCAUUGCAUUGCCAUACUAUUUGGCCUGACUAAUGCAGUCAA